CCUACGCUAUUCGUCAGAAACAGAAUAUCGCUGGAGGAUAGACCACGGAGAGUUGUUACAGACUUGUCUACUAGAUGAACUUCUGGAGAGUGGAAUGAUCAACGUAGAUUUCAACUUUGGCAGUGUCCCAUCAUCCGAGGAUUCUCCUGACGAGGAACUUGAAGCUCUAAAGAACUCGCCGAGUCACCAGUCAGACAGUGGUAUGAGCAUGGGAAGCGAGAGUCUGGCGUCUAGGUGCAGUGAUAAUGACAUUGUCUACAGUCCCGGUUUUGAAAUAUUUGAUGAUGCUCAACUAAUGGGUUAUCUUUCAUCUUCAUCCAGAACACCAAGCCCUGAAACAACGACAGCAGUUGAAAGAGUUUCUGAUCGUGACACAAACAAUGAUAAUGCACCUGCUACAAAUGCAACAUCGAAUGAUAAAGGAUCGAGUAUACAGAACCAUGUGCGUAUCCUCAGAGACAGAAAUGUUACGGUGAUGACUACACCCAAAACAAAACCUGUUACAAUUGAAAACAAAUCAAAACUGCAGGUCAAGACAAUUCUGCCUACACCAGCACCAAAGAUCAAAGUUAUAAAAGUUCUUUCAUCAAACCAACAUAUUGACUCUGAUGGUGAAGUCGUUGAAGCUCUGACUAACUUAAACAAGAAAAAUGCUAUUCAGGCAAAAAUCAACCGAGAAAAGAAAAAGGUUUUUAUAAAAAGUCUGGAGGACACUGUUGAUGAGUUGCGUGCUGAAAAUGAUGCUUUGAAAGUUAACCAGACCAGAAUGGAGGAAUGCCAACGAGUGUUGGAAGAUGAAGUACAGUAUCUGAAAAGUGUGCUUGCUAAUCAAAGUGCUUUGUCCAGUUUAUUGCAAAAUAUUCCGAAUGUGCAGAAUGUAACCCUUUCAACGUCUUUCAAUAGAAGAAAGCGUAGUGCCGUUGUUGAUCAUGACUACAUAGAACAUCAGGAUACUGACAGAUGUACAAAAAGGAACUGUUCCACAGCUGGUAUUUGCUUACAUGUAGACAAAGGACAUGCAUCGCUGGAAUUCUGCUCCCAUUGCUCAAAAAACGCAAAGUUGGCUGAUGACUCGUGAACACAAUGAAGACUUUACAGAUGUUUUUGAAAAUCAUGUUGCUAACAACAUGCGUGAAUCGUCACAAAUAGACCGGUCUGUUCAGGCCCUAUUCCAGGAAGUGUUGAUGAUUCUAGAGAGAAACGUGCGAGUUCACAACAGACGUUGAGGGGACCAUGCAACGACUUUUCAGGUGGUAUAACAGUAUCAUAAUGUUUACUGUUAUGCUGUAACAAAAAAUCAACACUAUUUGAAAGUGAAAAUUGCUUUUAUAUAUAUAUAUACGAAACUGUUUAUAUAUAUGAAACUGUUUAUAAAAGUGAUCUUAAUGACAAAACAAACCACAAUGUAAAGCUUGAACCAAUUUGAUAUUAUAGAGUUAUUCAUUGAAACAGCCCACAGUAUCUUUUUAAUAUCUGGUAGAAAUUCAUCGAGAUUGCAAGUUGGUAAAUUGGUAAUACCAUAUAAUUGAUUCAUAUCCACUCUGAAAUCUUUAUUUUUUCAAAUUGGUUCCUGCUAGUUAAGCAUUAAGUUUUAGCAGACCUUUACUGAUGAGUAUCUUUAGUUUUCUUUUCACAGAUGCUGCUCUCGAGUGAUGUUUGCCUUGUGAAGAAGCCCUGGGACCCUGUCCAUUGCACCCUUGGACUUGCCUUAUUUGGUAAGGUCCCUUGUACGCUGGGGAUCUUUGGGGAGGCUAGGGCACAGUAUAUAUCCAGUAUAUUGUGAAUGAACAUUUCUGAAAAGAAUUGUAAUAUUAAAUUAUUUAAGUUGCAUGUGUAAUGUGUAUACAUGUAUAUAUACAAAUAUGGUGUGAAAUAACGUAGAAUGUGGAAAAUUAAGUGUAAGCAAAGUUGUUUGAUUAUCUUUCAAGUUUAAACUUGGUGAUUUCUCUUGAACAUUUGUAGAUUUGUUCAUUCCAUGGUUCAUUAUUUUCCUGUUAAGUUUUUGAAAACAUUUUGCUUACAUUUUUUUUUUGGUAGAAGAUCAUGACUGAUUUAUUAAUUUUUACUAUUCAGCUAACCUGUGGCCUGCAGAGCUCAAACAAGAGUGAACAAAGUGUAAAAGGAAUAUGGUAGUAUUGAAAAAGGUGGUAGGUCAAAGGUUGAUUUAGUAUACUAUUUUGGAGAAGGAAAAGCCAGACAAAAUUAUUAGUGCUAUAUAGUCUGUAAACAUAAAUUCUCUGGUGCUUGUUUGAAAAACAAAGGUGUUUUCUUUUUCAACAACUGUAUAUAUUAGAUAUAGGAAAGUGUUUAGUUUCAUUACCAUACCAUGAUAUAUGUAGUAUUUUUGUU